AUGCAGUUCCAAGCCCACAAUAUCGAGAAGACGCCGUCUGCCGCCGAUAAGCCAGAGGAGCAGUACCACUUUGUCAUCGCGAGCAACGCCAUCCACGCCACCAAGUCGCUGCGCGUGAGCACGGACAACGUGCGCAAGGCGUUGCGCGAGGAUGGGUUCCUCAUGAUGAUGGAGAUGACGCGCACGCCGAAACAAGGCGCAUGGCCUAGACAGAUGGAUGCCCUCGAAAAGAAAGGAUUUCAUCUCCCGGAAGACGUAUUGGCCAAGAUAUCCGUGCUCGAAACCGACCUCGCCCAGAGCAACCUCGGCCUCUCCGACGACGACUAUCGCCUCCUUCUGGACAAUACCACUCACAUUAUCCACAACGCCUGGCUGAUGCACUCCAAAUGGCCAGUCCAGCGCUUCAUGCCCCAGCUGCGCAUACAUGCCAACAUGCUCAACUUGGCAGCCCACAUCUCAGCGCGUCAUCGUCACCAGCGACGGGUGGUAUCCUUCGCCUUCGUCUCGUCCAUCGCCACGAUCGGCUACCACCCCCUGCACACCCGCAGCCCCAUCGCGGGGAGCAGGCUGAACGGCCACUGGAACUCCAUGGAGCACGUCUCGUUCCUCCUGAAGUCGUCGCAGACCAUCGGCGCGCUGCCCGACCUGCCUGGGACCAUGGGCUGGACGCCGGCUGAUGAUAUCGCCAGGGCGACGGUGGAGAUUGUGACGCAGCCCGACGGCAACGACAAUCGUGUGGACUUCUACCCGAUCUAUCACAUUGAAAAUCCUGUCCGGCAACCCUGGGCUACCACUCUAGCCGUGCUCGCGGACGAAAUGGGGAUAUCUCCUGCCUAUGGGGGAGGUGGUAUUAUCCCGUUUCAGGAGUGGCUGUGUCGUGUCCGAGAGUGGCCGCGGCGUGGGGACAACACGCCGGAGGGCGCGAACCCGGCGCAUCUGAUGGUGGAUUUUCUGGAGGACCAUUUUCUACGAAUGAGCUGUGGCGGUCUACUGAUGGGAACGGCUCAUGCGAGGGAGCAUUCCUCAACCCUCGCCAGGACGGGGCCUGUGAGCGAAGACAUGAUCAGAUUGUUUGUGCAGAGCUGGAAGAAGACGGGAUUUUUGUUUUCAGAGUUCUAG